AUGAUCAAUAGCAUUCUUGAUAAACGUACUGAUACAGUAACAUUUCAAAACAUUAAGCUACCAAACACAAUUAUUACAGAUCCUUAUGAGAUUCGAAACCAUAUACAAAAUCCAUUUUGGUACCAAACACUAACCCAACCUAUCACAAGACAGGAAGUAAUUCAAACUAUAAACCAAUCACCUAACAAUAAAGCUACAGGACCAUCACUCAUCUCCAAUGAGAUGUUAAAACUGGUUCAGCUCACUUCACCAACGCUUGUUUUGUAG